AUGUUGCAACGUUCCGGACAUUUGCUACGGAGUUUUGGUGCUGUUAGAGCUAUGGCGUAAGUUAUUUCUAUUUUUUUUUGUGGUUUAGGUAAUGAUGUUGAUAAAAAUUGGGUUGGAAGCCUGGAAUUUGAAGUUUUGGUUUUGUUUUUCAAUAUAAAUGAUUCAAAAUGUUUGAGAAGCAUAACAAGACUAUAAAGAAUUUAAAAAUAAUGUUUUACUUUCAGUCAAUCAGCUGAAGCUUCGACGGCAGUCAAUGGCAUUACCCAGAAGCCAGAGGGUCCUUUAUAUCGCGUUAUCCUCGACCGUCCAGAAGUCUUCAACGCUUUUCACAUUCCCAUGUUUCACGAGCUGGCCAAGGCUUUGAGGACAGCUGAUUCAGACUCGGAAUCUAAGAUUACCGUCCUCUCAGGGCGUGGUAAACUCUUCACAGCUGGAAAUGACUUGAAUAAUAUUGGCAAAGUGGACAGCAAGGCGGCGUUAGAAGAAACGGCCGAUAAAUUGUGCGCGGCCGUUACUGACUGCUUCAAUGCCUUUAUUGAUCAUGAAAAGCCAUUGGUUUGUUUGGUGAAUGGUCCAGGAUAUGGAAUUGGAACUACUUGUCUUCCACUUUGUGAUGUUGUUAUUGCCGUGGACAACGUAAGCUUAUUUUAAAAUUGUUUUUUAGUUUUUAGGUAUGUUUUUGAUGUCGAAAGAAUCAGCAGAGUCUUGGGAAGGUUUUGAAGUAUGAUUUGAAGGGUUGUUUCGGGCUGAUCAUAUUGUUUUAGGCUGUAUUCAACACCCCUUUCACGCCGCUCGGAUAUUCGCCAGAAGGCUGCUCAACCUAUACUUUCAACAAGCUCUUGGGCACUUCUAGGGUAAGUAGAGCAAUUUUUAGAUUUUAAACUAGAAGAAGAGAUAUUUAUCGACAAAUUUUACAAAAUUCACAAAAAUUACAGUACUUUUACAGGCACAAGACCUACUUCUCUUCAACCGCACCAUAACCGCAAAAGAAGCUCUAGACUGGGGAUUAGUGGCCAGAUUAGUACCAAAAGACCAAUUUGAAGAAGAAACAGAAAAACUGCUUAAAAGUUACAGUAAGCUGCCUAAAAAUUCGCUUCGAAUCAACAAGGUUAUGAGCCGUGAACUGGAAAAGGAGAAACUGCACCAAGUACACCAAAGAGAGAUGAAGAUGCUCAGAGAGCGGUUUUUAAGCGAAGAAAGCUUGGAAGCUACAAAAAGAUUCUUGGAAAGUAGAAGGAAGAAGUAG